AUGGUUCUUCGGCCCACGCUGAGGGCCGAAGAACCAUUGUCUCUGACAGCGUUUCACAUCAUCCAGAAAGAAUCCACAUACGCCAAGCUUCGCGCUGAGGUUGUUGCUGCUAUCCCAGAUUGCACAAAGCCACUUUCGUUGCACACAGUAGAGAAGCUCCCCUUCCUCAACGCCUGUAUUCGAGAGGGCACGCGCUUGUCAUACGGCGUGACUGCGCGAAAUCCUCAACUUUGGCCUAAAGCACUACAGUACGAGGGCUGGACGAUUUUCUCACGAACGCCUAUGUCAUGCACGAUCGUCGACCACAAUCGCAACGAGAAGAUCUUUCCGGAUAGUUGGACGUUCCUCCCUGACCGCUGGCUUGACCCUUCCAUGAAGCAAUGGUUCUUCACUUUGGGAAAAGGAAGUCGAAGUUGGCUAGGCGUCAACCUCGCCAUGGCAGAAAUGCACAUGUGCUUGUCCACAUUAUUUAGGAGGUACCGAUUUGAGUUGUUAGGAACAGACGAGAGUGACAGGAAGCUGGCGCAUGAUUUCUUCCUGGCAAACCCCAAAUUGGAUUCGAAAGGUGUUCGCGUCAAUGUACAAGAAACGGAACUCUUGCUUGGUUAG